AUGUAUCUAUCCCAGUUUGUUCAAAAUCGCCCUCCCCCUCUCUUUCUUUCUUUCUUUCUUUCUUUCUUUCUUUCUUUCUUUCUUUCUUUCUUUCAGUUUGUUCAAAAUCGCUCUCUCCUCUUCUCUGUCUCUCUUUCUUUCUUUCUUUCUUUCUUUCUUUCUUUCUUUCUUUCUUUCUCGCAGUUUUCUAUUCCUAUCUAUCUAUCUAUCUAUCUAUCUAUCUAUCUAUACACAUUAUAUAUCUAUAUAUCUAUCUAUCUAGCUAUAUAUAUAUACAUAUACAUAUCUGUCUAUCUAUCUAUCUAUCUAUACAUAUAUAUAUACACACACAUUUAUCUAUCUCUCUCUCUCUAUAUAUAUAUACAUUAUCCAUCUAUAUAUCUAUAUAUAUACAUACAUACAUAUACAUAUCAUAUCUAUCUAUCUCUAUCUAUCUAUCUAUCUAUCUAUCUAUCUAUCUCAAGGAGGAUAAUGAUGGCGCACCUUUGUAAUUAUCCGAUAUUCUUACUAGUUCUGUUCAUAUUUGUAUAUAUCAUUCUGUUCAUAUCUAUCUAUCUAUCUAUCUAUCUAUCUAUCUAUCUAUCUAUCUGCUGUUCAUUAUCUAUCUAUCUAUCUAUCUAUCUAUCUAUCUAUCUAUCUAUCUCAGUCUGUUCAUAUUUGUUUAUAUCAUUCUGUUCAUAUCUAUCUAUCUAUCUAUCUAUCUAUCUAUCUAUCUAUCUAUCUAUCUAUCUAUCUAUCUAUCUAUCUAUCUAUAAGGCUGUUCAUUAUCUAUCUAUCUAUCUAUCUAUCUAUCUAUCUAUCUAUAAGGCUAUUCAUUAUCUAUCUAUGUAUCUAUCUGUCUCAGUCUGUUCAUAUUUGUUUAUAUCAUUCUGUUCAUAUCUAUCUAUCUAUCUAUCUGUAAGGCUGUUCAUUAUCUAUCUAUCUAUCUAUCUAUCUAUCUAUCUAUCUAUCUAUCUAUCUAUCUCAGUCUGUUCAUAUUUGUUUAUAUCAUUCUGUUCAUAUCUAUCUAUCUAUCUAUCUAUCUAUCUAUCUAUCUAUCUAUCUAUCUAUCUAUCUCAGGGUCAUGGGCACGGGAUAAGCCGCCACAAAAAAGCCCCAGCUUCGCCAAUCAAGACGCCUGAAGAACGUACCACAAGAAGUCUUCCUUCUUCCCCUCUGAAAGCACCACUGCCCCCCCCAUUCGCCAUACACCUUCUCAUCAAACAGCCCCUCCUAAUAACACUGCAGCCGAUGAUAUGUCUACUCCUCCCAACACCUCACUUUCCAAAUCCCCAAAGCCCAGCACCUCCCAGCAGAGUUCUUCUUCCCGUAAGAAGAAAUUCCCGAGUGGGAUCUUUCUUUCAAAUCCUAUUUUCUCUUUCUUUCUUUUAUGUCGUAUUUUUCUUUCUUUCUUUCUUUUUUCUUAUCCUAUUUUCAUUCUCGAAUCAUUCAUUCUUCCCUCCUAUCUUGAACUAUUUUCUUUCUUUCUUUCCAUAUUUUUCUUUCUUUCUUUCUUUCUUUCUUUCUUUCUUUCUUUCAUGUCUUUUUUCUUUUUUUCUUUCUUUUUUUCUUUCUUACGUGUUUUAUUCAUCUUUCUUUCAUUCUUUCUUUCAUGUCGUAUUUUCCUUCUUUCUUUCUUUCUUUCUUUCUUUCUUUCUUUCUUUCUUCGUGCAAUAUUUUCUAUUUAUUUCUUUCUUUCACGUCGUAUUUUUCUUUCUUUCUUUCUUUUUUCUUAUCCUAUUUUCAUUUUCGAAUCAUUCAUUCUUCCCUCCUUUCUUAAACUAUUUUCUUUCUUUUUUCUUUGAUGUCGUAUUUUUCUUUCUUUCUUUCUUUCUUUCUUUCUUUCUUUCAUGUCCUAUUUUCCUUCUUUCAUUCUUUCUUUUUUUCAUGUCGUAUUUUUCUUUCUUUCUUUCUUUCUUUCUUUCUUUCUUUCAUGUCUUAUUUUUCUUUCUUUCUUUCAUGUCGUAUUUUCCUUCUUUCUUUCUUUCUUUCAUGUCGUAUUUUCCUUCUUUCUUUCUUUCUUUCUUUCAUGUCGUAUUUUUCUUUCUUUCUUUCUUUCUUUCUUUCAUGUCUUAUUUUUCUUUCUUUCUUUCAUGUCCUAUUUUCCUUCUUUCUUUCUUUCUUUCUUUCAUGUCGUAUUUUUCUUUCUUUCUUUCUUUCUUUCAUGUCGUAUUUUCCUUCUUUCUUUCUUUCUUUUUCAUUCAUGUUUUUUUUUCUUUCUUUCUUUUCUUCUUUCAUGUCGUAUUUUCCUUCUUUCUUUCUUUCUUUCAUGUCGUAUUUUUCUUUCUUUCUUUCUUUCUUUCAUGUCGUAUUUUCCUUCUUUCUUUCUUUCUUUCUUUCAUGUCGUAUUUUUCUUUCUUUCUUUCUUUCUUUCUUUCAUGUCGUAUUUUCCUUCUUUCUUUCUUUCUUUCAUGUCGUAUUUUUCUUUCUUUCUUUCUUUCUUUCUUUCUUUCUUUCAUGUCGUAUUUUCCUUCUUUCUUUCUUUCUUUCUUUCUUUCAUGUCGUAUUUUCCUUCUUUCUUUCUUUCUUUCUUUCUUUCUUUCUUUCUUUCAUGUCGUAUUUUUCUUUCUUUCUUUCUUUCUUUCAUGUCUUAUUUUUCUUUCUUUCUUUCAUGUCGUAUUUUCCUUCUUUCUUUCUUUCUUUCUUUCAUGUCGUAUUUUUCUUUCUUUCUUUCUUUCUUUCUUUCUUUCUUUCUUUCUUUCUUUCUUUCUUUCUCAUUCUAUUUCAUUUCAUUCUUUCUUUUCCAAUCAUAUGCCACCAUAA